UCGGGUGGAUGAAAGCUCCACGCAGCAUCCCGGCUCCAUCAGGGAUGACGGACAACACGACCGACUGGCAGCAGCACCGGAUGAUCUGAACAGGAUGAUCUGAACAGGCGGCUGCGGCAUCGAAGUCAAAGAAACGUCUCGACUCUGCUCAUCUUUUCCCGGUGUUGGCUAACGAAGAACGUCACUCGGACAUCCAGCUCCUCACCAUGGGGGUAACAGUCUACAACAUCUCCGCCACCUCAGUCAGGGUGAGCUGGCCGCCGUCCCCCACCUGCCGGGACACGUUCUACAGCGUCAUGUACGACCCCAACUGGAACAGCCUGAUCAUGGGCUACAAGCGCAAAAGCUUCAAACACGAGGAGCGCAUCCCCGUCAGUCAGACCGGCACACACCUGGCCAACCUGCUCCCCCUGACCGCGUACUUCCUGUGCGUGACGUGUCAGGCCGCCGAUCCGGUGCGGGAGCAGUGCAAAGUGUUCAGCACCCUGAGCGAGAGCAGCGAGACCCACGACAGGGGUGGCUGGGAGCACAUGGCGGGGGUCUGGCUGACCUGCUGCCUGCUGCUCCUGGUCGUCGCGGGCCUCCUGGUGUGGGGGUGCCUCCACAGCGUGUGCCCCUUCCCCGGGCGGGCCGCCGACAGCUGCCCGGUGGUGACGAACGUGAGCCGGCAAAACAGGUCUGCGUCGGCUCACCUCUUCAACCCCCGGAGCAGCAGCGAGGACAGCAUCAAGCGCGCCGCAGCCAUCCAGCCCUCGCUUAUGCAAGCUCACCCACCGUCUGGUAAUUACCCAGAACACGAGAGCUGAGGGUACCGGCUAAGCUGGCUGACAGCGAGCCAGCAUUAAUCACUGGAUUAAGGUCGUUGUAGCAUUGUUCAUCAGAGCAGGAAAAAAAAAAAAAAAAAAA